UUGUCUCUGCCUAGAUACUUAAGAAGUGGAGCAAGGGAUCCAAUUGUCCACCCUUCCUGCUCAGACUGUAGGGAGGAAUUCACUCGGUGAUUUUGACCAACUGGCACGCCCAUCAUUUUACACAGGAAAAAGGACAUUCACCUGCCCAGACAGUGGGAAUGGAUUCACUCGGUUAUCUCAACUAAAGGUACAUCAGCAAGUUCACACUGGACAAGGCCAUUCACCUGUUCUGUGUGUGAGAAGGGGUUCAGUCGGUCAUCGCACCUGUGGACACACCAAUCAGUUCACACCGGGCAGAGGCUGGUCUUCUGCUGAACUUCUGGGUAAGGAUUCACUCUGUCAUCUGACCUAAUGGCUCACCAGCGAGUUCACACUGGGGAGCGGCCGUUCACCUGCUCAGUCUGUGGGAAAGGAUUCACUCUGUCAUCCACCCUACUGGUACAUCAGCGAAUUCACACUGGGGAGAAGCUGUUCACCUGCUCAGACUGUGGAAAGGGAUUCACACUGUCAUCCCGCCUACUGGUACAUCAGCAAAUUCACACUGAGGAGAAGCCGUUCACCUGCUCAGUCUGUGAGAAGAGAUUUACUCAGUUAUCCAACCUACAGAGUCACCAGCGAGUUCACACUGGGGAGAAGCCAUUCACCUGCUCAGUCUGUGGGAAAGGAUUCACUCUGUCAUCCACCCUACAGAGACACCAGCGAGUUCACACUGAGGUGAAGCCAUUCACCUGCUCAGUCUGUGGGAAAGGAUUCACUCUGUCAUCCACCCUACAGAGUCACCAGCGAGUUCACACUGGGGAGAAGCCUUUCACCUGCUCAGUCUGUGGGAAAGGAUUCACUCUGUCAUCCAACCUACAGAGACACCAGCGAGUUCACACUGAGGUGAAGCCAUUCGCCUGCUCAGUCUGUGGGAAAGGAUUCACUCAGUCAUCCAACCUACAGAGACACCAGCGAGUUCACACUGGGGUGAAGCCAUUCACCUGCUCAGUCUGUGGGAAAGGAUUCACUGUGUCAUCCAUCCUACUGGUACAUCAGCGAAUUCACACUGGGGAGAAGCUGUUCACCUGCUCAGACUGUGGGAAGAGAUUCACUGACUCUUCCACCCUACGGAGACACCAGCGAGUUCACACUGGGGAAAAGCCGUUCACCUGCUCAGAAUGUGGGAAGCGAUUCACUCGGUCAUCCAACCUACAGAGACACCAGCGAGUUCACAGUGGGGAGAUGCCGUUCACCUGCUCAGUGUGUGGGAAAGGAUUCACUGACUCUUCCACCCUGCAGAGACACCAGCGACUUCACACUGGGGAGAAGCCGUUCACCUGCUUAUUCUGUCGGAAGAGAUUCACUCAGUCAUCCACCCUACAGAGUCAUCAGCGAGUUCACACUAGAGAGAGGCUCAGAAUAUGGGAAAGGAUUCACUCAGUCAUCCCACCUCUUGGCACACCAGUCAGUUCACAGUAAGGAGAGGCCAUUGUUAUGAAUCCUUUGGUUUUGUUUGCUGUAGACUGUCAUUUUAAGAGA